UAUAUAUAUAUAUGUAUAUAUACGAAAGAAGAAAUUAAGUUUAGAGUUCAUGGUCGUAGGUGUAAUGGCCAGUCCAAUUCUCCGACGAUCUUCCCCAAAUAAUGGCGAUCUGCAAAACCCUAAUCCCCAAAUUCCGACGGCGCCUCUCAGAUUCAGAGGAAUUCCAUUUUCCUGGGAGCAAAUCCCUGGAAUCCCUAAGCACCAAACCCUAAUUAGCUCCCACAAGAACAAAACCCGAUACUCCGGCGCCGGCGACGGCCAUCUCCUCCCACUGCUGCCGCCGCCGGCGGGAAGCUCCAUCACCAAGAAAACUCUCCGGCAGGAAGAGAAGCUCGCCGGCAGCAGGGUUCAGACAGACCCCUUUCUCGCAGCCCUGGUGGCGUGCUCCAACGACGACCGCCGCGAUCCCGGCGGCGGCGGAUCGAAUUCGAAGAUCACGAGGAGCUUGAGCGACAGGCUGGUGUUCAAGAACAUGUCCGCCGCCGUUUCUUGCAAGAGCAACUGCGCCGUCGCAGAAUCUGUUGUUUAUCUUCCAAGACAUCCAACCCCACAUUAUCUUCUCCAUCGUCGUCCUCGAUGAAUCAAUUAGUGAUCCAGAAAAAAUUACCUCGAAUAAAUCGGACAUGUGAGUGUAUUUGGAAGUAUAUGGGCAACAUGAUUCUUGGGAGCUCCUUGGACCUGAGCACCGAGAGAUACUUCCACCCGUUCCACGACUUCCGUGGCUGGUCUUGUAUGGAGUUGAUUGUUCUGGUGUUGGGCUCCUGGACCUUUUACUAGUCACGCCGAGUUAAUUUAUUUUAUUAUUAAUUAAUAGUUUAUAUAAUGUGACUGGUAAUCCUGCGUGUAUGUUUGUGUGGGAAUAUUAGGUAUAAAUUAUUACGGAUCUUAUGGUGAACAGGUCUAUCUUAAUAAUUUUGGUUCUAUUGAUUCUAUUCUUUAUGUGUAAUUAUUA